AUGUCUAAGAGAGCCGCAGAUCCCUCUGGGGAGCAGGAUGCUGCCCUCAAGGCGGGCGAUCGCCCAAUGCUUGACGCUACUCCCGACGAAGUGGGGGAGUUUGAGGACGAAUAUGAGGAUGAGUUCGAGAGCGAAGACGAGAUCUUGGAGGCUGGUGUUGAUGGUCGCCCAGACGCAGAGCGUGAGGAGGAAGAGCGUGAGGGCAUGGACGUCGACAAGCAGACUUUCAUUCCUGGACGGACAAAAUUGGCACCCGGAGAGACUCUUUCGCCUGAUCCUUCUACCUACGAUAUGCUUCACACCCUCACCACACCCUGGCCUUGCCUGUCCUUCGACAUUGUGCGCGACUCGCUUGGCGACAAUCGCAAGACGUUCCCUGGAACCGUUUAUGCCGUCGCCGGUACACAGGCGGAGGGAUCCAAAUCGAAAGACAAUGAAUUGAUGGUUUUGAAGAUGAGCUCAUUGAGCAAGAUGGAGCGUGACGGUGAGGACUCGGAGAGUGACGAAGACUCCGACGAUGAUAUGGGUGAACCCAUCCUUGAGCACAAGUCCAUUCCCCUGGGCUCAACGACAAACCGCAUUCGCGCGCACCAAACCCCGUCCCAAUCGGCCGAUUACUCCAAGCCCCCACAGACCCUGACGGCUACUAUGCUGGAGAACUCGCAGGUUCUCAUCCACGACCCUCUUUCCACACUCCGCAUGCACAAGGCUGAGGGUUACGCUCUGGACUGGUCCCCGCUCCAUCCCCUUGGUAAGCUCCUGACUGGUGACAAUGACGGUUUGAUCUAUGCGACUACCCGUACCGAGGGUGGUGGCUGGGUGACCGACACCCGCCCAUUCCUCGGUCACACCUCUUCCGUUGAAGAGCUCCAGUGGUCGCCGAACGAGAAGAAUGUCUUCGCGUCUGCCAGCAGUGACGGUAGUGUGAAGGUUUGGGAUGUGCGAUCCAAGUCCCGCAAGCCUGCCGUGGACGUUCACAUCUCCAACACCGAUGUCAACGUUAUGAGCUGGUCCAACCAGACCUUCCACCUCCUUGCGACUGGUGCCGAUGACGGCCAGUGGGCCGUUUGGGAUCUGCGUCACUGGAAGCCGGAUGCUGCCUCUCCUUCUUCCCAGAUCCGCGCAUCGCCUGUCGCGUCUUUCGAUUUCCACAAGGAGCCCAUUACCAGUAUCGAAUGGCACCCGUCUGAUGACAGUGUGGUUGCUGUGGGUUCUGCAGACAACACUGUCACUUUGUGGGAUUUGGCUGUUGAGUUGGACGACGAGGAGAGCCGCGAGGCUGGCCUUGCCGACAUUCCCCCGCAGCUUCUUUUCGUUCAUUAUAUGGAUUCCGUCAAGGAAGUGCACUGGCAGGCUCAGAUGCCGGGUACCCUGAUGGCCACUGGUGGCAGCGGAUUCAGUGUAUUCAAGACCAUCAGUGUCUAG